AAUAAUCUAUUGUAUAUCAUCUUAAAGGAAGAAGAAAGCGGGAAAACAAGGGUGAAUCAAAGCUAAAACCCUACUUUCUCUCUGACGGGAACCAAAAAUGGCUUCCUUUCCUCCUCCGGGUUCACUCACUCUCUGCGAACUCAAUCGUGACCUGAUCACAGUGAACGCUCUGUCCGACGAUCAAGCCAACCAAACCUACGGAAAAAUCCUGGGAUCGGUCUUCAGUCCCGUUCCCUUUCACUCUCUGGAGAGCGAGGCUUCCGAUCAAGAAGGAGCAACGACGACGGCGAACGCCGCUGGAGAAAACGUUCAGAGGAAAGGUCCGGUGGCACUCUUGCAAGGGCUCGUGAACACCUAUCUCGGACGCCUCUUUUACCCUAACGAUGUGCAUUUGUUGCCGGAGGUUGAUCUCCAAGGAGUAAGCUGGCACCCUAAUAAGCAUAUAAUUGCUUUCAUUUCUUCCCCUACACAAGUUUUGGUUCGUGAUUACCAAGAAUCUGAGGGGAAGGAUCCGAGCAUUUUGGCGAAUGAGUCACAGAGAGACGUUAGGGUGCUGGAGUGGAGGCCCAAUGGUGGGAAAAUGCUUGCUGUGGGUUGCAAGGGUGGAAUUUGCAUCUGGGCUGCUUCUUAUCCUGGAAAUGCUACAUCUGUUAGAUCUGGUGCUGCUUCCUUUUUAGGAAGUUUGUCUAGAAGCUCGGGAAAUCGGUAUAUUCUGGUUGAUUUUCUUCGUAGUCCAUACGAUGAGCAUAUCAGUGCUCUCACUUGGAGCCCGGAUGGAAGAUACUUAGCAUCUGGUUCAUAUGAAAGCUCCUCAUUCACAGUGUGGGAUUUUGCUCAAGCUGUAGGGACACCCAUUCGGCGGGGAUUGGGAGGCAUAUCAAUGCUGAAGUGGUCACCUACUGGAGAUUACUUCUUUGCUUCAAAAUUUGAUGGAACAUUUUAUCUUUGGGAGACAAACACGUGGACAUCAGAACAAUGGUCAUCAGCAAGUGGUUUUGUCAAGGGAGCAACAUGGGAUCCAGAUGGGCGCAUGAUACUUCUUGCAUUUUCUGAAUCGUCAACUUUGGGAUCUGUUCACUUUGCA